AUGGUAUCUUACGCAACUGCUGAGCCUCAGUUUAUUGAGGUCAAUGGUAUUUGUUUUGCCUAUCUCCGGUUCGGCUCAGCAGCCAAAAACACUAUCCCUCUUGUGUUUCUUCAGCAUUUUAGAGGCACUUUUGACCACUGGGAUCCUCAGUUGCUUGAUCCUAUCUCAACUAGUCGUGAAGUCAUCCUACUGGAUAAUUCCGGCGUUGGAAAGAGCAACGGCACAGUCCCAGGUACUUAUGCUAAAUGGGCUGAUAAUGUGCGCCUUGUUGUAAAGGCAUUAGGCAUCCCGCAGAUUGACCUGUUUGGCUUCUCUAUGGGAGGUUUUGCAGCUCAAAUGGUGGCUCUUAACUACCCAACUCUUGUUCGCAAGCUUAUCCUUGCGGGAACUGGACCGAGCGCCGGCGAAGGCGUUGAGAGUGGCGAUCCGGCCGCAACUGGGCGUCUAGCUGCGGCCUCCAAUGAUGAGGAGGAGCGCGGUGGCUUUUUAGAAACAUUUUACUCUUUGACACCUGGGAAGCAGACCCUAGGCGACAAGUGGUGGAAUCGUAUGACAACUGCUCGCUCAAACAGGUCUGACUAUGUGGGAUCUGAGGGCACGAAGGCGCAAAUUGAGGCAGUUCUUCGCUGGACAAACCGUGAAUAUGCGUCAGAAGGUUCAUAUGACCGCCUGCAUGAGAUUAAGAUCCCCGUGCUUGUCGCAAAUGGCGAUAAUGACAUUAUCAUCCCAACUGUCAACAGCUGGGUUAUGUUCAAGAGGUUGAGCAACGCCGAUGCUCAUUUCCACUUGUACCCGGAUGUGGGACAUGGGUUCCUGAACGAGUACGCGGGUCAAUUUUCGAGCCUAAUCAACCAGUUCCUGGAUAACUAA